CAACAAUCGUUACCAUGCUAAUUGUAACAUAGUAAUGAUCGUUGCUAUGGUAAUAGUAAUAAACAGUUGAUGAGGAUCCAUGGAAACUUGAUAGUUGCCAUAGUAACGUUAAAAAAAAGUCAAAAUGGCGCCUCGCCGCGCAUGCGCGUUGGUAUUUGUAGAACGCGAAACGUCCGCGAUGCGCUACGCCGAAAAAAUCAUCGAGGCCGUCCGUGUCAGGCCUUUUCUUUACGACCAAUCGCUUCAAACAUUCAAGCAUCUCGGUAAGAAAAACCGAAACUGGAUGGAAGUGGCGAAAAUAGUGUACGGUAGAGAGGACAAAGCAACAGUAAAUAAGGUAAAAAUCCAGUGGAAGAGUUUGCGCGACGCUUUCGUGAAGCAGCAACGGAAGCGUCAAGGCUGUGGGGGUGAAAAAAUCCGUCCGUACAUUUACGAGCGCGAAAUGCAGUUUCUCAUGCCUCAUAUUUUGGUGAAGGAGCGCGACGAGGAGAACUGCAUCGUGCCCCUUUCGCACUUCGAGGUGAAGACGGAGGAUUGCUCGAGUUUGAGCGCCUCGGGGGACUCCCAGGAUGCGCCGCCGCUGGUCGAGGAGUGCGUCUGGGAGCAGCACAACGCGAAGAUGACGCAUCCCGUCGAUGCGUUUUUCUACGGAAUUGCCCAAACUGUGAAACAGUUAAAACCGGUGACAAUUGCGCAAAUUAAGAAAAGUGUCGCGAAUAUCGUGAUGGAUGCGGAAAUUGGCGAGAUUGAAGGUGUGUGAAGGGCCCCCUGUAACUGCGUAGUUGUGAUGACGUAGCAGCGGCGUCAUGCUUGGCGGGAUUCGGAGUAUGAAUGACCUGCGAAGGGCGUUGCCCCCGCCUUCGCCCCCCUCGCCCUAGCGCCCCAACAUCCGGUCCGGCGUUACACCAGCAGAUUUGGCGGCGGCGGCGGCCACUACGGCGCCGCGUUGCCACGUUGCGCGCUUCUCCGCAUCCAACGCGAAAUUUCCAUGUAUUAACAAUUAUCACAAUUUUGGAAAAAAUUAACUGUGUUUUUCUCGUUAUCCGUCUUGACACCCCUAAACUAAAGUUGGUACUACAUCUCGGGUUUCAAUUACUACACUGGCAACGUCGCAAGUGCGAUUUUUGAAGUGAAAUAUAUAAUUUGCGUGUAAAAAAAGAAUCUGUAUCACAACUGCACCCUACUUACAGGUUUAGAGACAAAAUACACCACUAUUUCAAACACAAAAACAAUAUGAAAAGUGACAAAAUGGCGAUUGAAAUGUGACGUUUUUAGAAAAAAUUUAAAUUGCAACCACCACAAGUUUAGCUUCAAAAAACAUGCACAAAAACUAAGCAUUGAUUUAAAAUUAUUACAUAUAAAGUAGUUAUAAUUUUGUUUUUUCCCAUUAUCAGUCUUGCCACCCUUAAACUUAGGAUUAAAAAACACUACACUGGCAGUGUGGCA